CUAACUAACUGCUAUCGUAAGUUGCAACCCCACUUCCAUCUCCCUCUCUCUCUCUCUCUCUCUCUCUCUCUCUCUCUCUCUCUCUCUCUCUCUCUCUCUCUCUCUCCUCCUGCCAUCACCCUAGAAUAGGAGUAUUUACCUCCACUUUCUCUCUCUCCCUCUCUCUCUCUUCCAUCCUCCUCCCUCCCUCUAUAUAUACACAUCUCCACCCUGUUCCUGGGUCCUCUCUCCCACCCACUGCAACCCCAAAUCUCCCCUUCCUCACAAACGCGCAGCAGAGGGGCCGAGACCCAAGAAGAAGAAGAAGAAAGCAGAAGCAGCGACAGCGAGCAAGCAGAAGCUUAGCUAGCGUGGAGGUGCCCAAGGCGAGAGGGACAACGACGGCCGCGACAGGCUAGCUAGCAACCAGCUGCUAGCUCCUGCGGAGCCGAAGCCGAUGGCUGGCGCCGACGUCGACGUCGGGACGGAGCUCCGGCUCGGCCUGCCGGGAGGAGGCGCCGAGGCGGCCAAGGCCGCGAAGAGGGGCUUCGAGGACACCAUCGACCUCAAGCUGAAGCUGCCCACCGCCGGCAUGGAGGAAGCUGCCGCCGCCAAGCCGGAGCCGGCAGCCGAGAAGGCCAAGAGGCCCGCCGAGGCGCCGGCAGCUGAUGCCGAGAAGCCACCUGCACCCAAGGCACAAGCUGUGGGUUGGCCACCAGUCCGAUCAUACCGCAGGAACGUCAUGACCGUCCAGUCUGUGAAGAGCAAGAAGGAAGAGGAACCUGAGAAGCAGCAGUCGGCCGCUGCCAACGCCAGCGGCAACAGCUCCGCCUUCGUGAAGGUCAGCAUGGACGGCGCGCCCUACCUGCGCAAGGUGGACCUGAAGAUGUACAACAGCUACAAGGACCUCUCUAUUGCUCUGAAGAAGAUGUUCAGCACCUUCACCACAUCUGGGAACAACAUGAAUGAGGGGAAAUUGGUUGAUCCAGUCAGCGGUGCUGAUGUGGUCACUACUUACGAAGACAAGGACGGCGACUGGAUGCUUGUUGGUGACGUCCCAUGGGAGAUGUUUGUCGAGUCAUGCAAGCGUCUGAGGAUCAUGAAGAGUUCUGAAGCCAUAGGUCUUGCACCAAGAACGAAGGACAAGUGCAAGAACAAGAGCUGAAGAAGAUGCAGCGUUAAAGAUGCUGCCCAUUGUGUCAAAAGAAUGGUGCCCUUGCAGUGUGCUGCGGUUUUUCUAGAAAUAUAAUGUGUUUUAAUUACUAGUUGGAGGGAGACCUGUCUUGUUCAAUUUGUUCAUGGACCAGAAGCAAUAAUCUAUCUGUGUGUGGCUGGAUUGGUGUUAUGUGAUGUCCCCUACCGUGUGUCCCAGAAUCUACUUGGUGAUUUUAUUCCAGUGUUGUUAAUCAAGCUUGUGUGAUUGUUAAGUAAAGGGCAUCAAUGAGACUAUUAUUAUUAUGGUACCUUGUAAGUUAA